AUACUGAAAAACACUGCCCAUUGACAGUGAAUCCUUGGCAUAUGAAGAAAGCUUUUAAAGUCAUGAACGAAUUAAGAAGCAUCGUGAGCCAUUAAGUUGUUAUCACCCGUGAGCACUACUACUAUUGCCAGUACCACCCACUGCGUUCAGUCAAAAUUUGCUGUGUGAUGUCACAAUUGUGGCUGAAGACAUGGAAAUCUCUGCUCACAGAGUGGUGCUGGCUGCUUGUAGCCCUUAUUUCCACGCUAUGUUUACAGGUGAGAUGAGUGAGAGCCGAGCAAAGAGAAUUCGAAUAAAAGAGGUUGACGGCUGGACCCUGAGGUUGCUAAUUGAUUAUGUUUACACUGCAGAAAUUCAAGUUACAGAAGAUAAUGUACAGGUACUUCUCCCAGCAGCUGGUCUGUUACAGUUACAGGAUGUGAAGAAGACUUGCUGUGAAUUUUUGGAGUCCCAGCUUCAUCCUGUCAACUGCUUAGGAAUCCGGGCUUUCGCUGAUAUGCAUGCAUGCACAGAACUCCUAAACAAGGCGAAUACCUAUGCAGAGCAACAUUUUGCUGAUGUUGUAUUGAGUGAAGAGUUUUUGAACCUUGGCAUUGAGCAAGUAUGCAGCUUAAUCUCAAGUGACAAACUUACCAUUUCCUCUGAAGAGAAAAAGGUAUUUGAAGCAGUAAUUGCUUGGGUGAACCAUGACAAGGACAUAAGGCAAGAGUUUAUGGCUCGACUGAUGGAACAUGUACGGUUACCUUUGCUUCCUCGGGAAUAUUUAGUUCAGAGGGUUGAAGAGGAAGCCUUGGUCAAAAAUAGCAGUGCUUGUAAAGAUUACCUUAUUGAAGCUAUGAAGUAUCACUUGCUGCCAACAGAGCAGCGUAUAUUAAUGAAGAGUAUUCGUACUCGACUGAGGACACCCAUGAACCUUCCCAAAUUGAUGGUGGUGGUUGGAGGGCAGGCCCCAAAGGCUAUCCGCAGUGUGGAAUGCUAUGACUUCAAAGAAGAGCGAUGGCACCAAGUAGCAGAAUUGCCUUCCAGGAGGUGCAGAGCUGGGAUGGUGUACAUGGCUGGGCUUGUUUUUGCUGUUGGUGGCUUUAAUGGCUCAUUAAGAGUUCGCACUGUAGAUUCCUACGACCCUGUGAAGGACCAGUGGACCAGUGUGGCUAACAUGCGAGAUCGGAGAAGCACUUUGGGAGCUGCAGUAUUAAAUGGAUUGUUAUAUGCUGUGGGAGGGUUCGAUGGGAGCACAGGUCUGUCAUCCGUGGAGGCCUAUAACAUAAAGUCUAACGAGUGGUUUCAUGUGGCACCAAUGAACACAAGGAGGAGCAGUGUUGGUGUGGGGGUGGUUGGAGGUUUGCUCUACGCUGUAGGGGGUUAUGAUGGAGCUUCACGUCAGUGUCUUAGCACAGUGGAAUGCUACAAUGCCACAACAAACGAGUGGGCCUAUAUAGCAGAAAUGAGUACCAGACGGAGUGGAGCAGGCGUUGGGGUGUUAAACAACUUACUGUAUGCUGUAGGAGGUCAUGAUGGCCCUUUAGUACGAAAAAGUGUUGAAGUGUAUGAUCCCACCACCAAUGGAUGGAGGCAGGUGGCAGAUAUGAACAUGUGUAGAAGAAAUGCAGGCGUUUGUGCAGUUAAUGGUCUGUUAUAUGUAGUUGGAGGGGAUGAUGGAUCCUGUAACUUGGCAUCAGUGGAAUAUUAUAACCCAACAACUGAUAAAUGGACAGUUGUGUCAUCUUGUAUGAGCACAGGGAGAAGUUAUGCAGGAGUCACAGUUAUUGAUAAGCCAUUAUGAACCCGAGGAACAUUUUCAGCGUAUUCAGACAUGAGAAACAGUCUUCAGCAAGUUUCUGAAGUGACUGAGAAACUAGCACUUCUCCAGUUAUAAGCUGCAUUUAAGUCUCAGCAGAGGAUAUGAUCGUUUGCCUAUCUAGGCCUCAGCUACUGAAGAUUAUUUUUGGUAGAAGCACUGUGUAGGCUUUUUCUGCAACGAGCAGCAGCGGACUGAGUUUUAAUAACAAACCUGGACUACAGCGCCCAUUCUGUAGUCUUUAAACAACAGUUGCUUUCAUAAGAUUGCUUCUUAUCAACAUUGAAUGACAAUGGAUUCUUUUGUGAAAGAGGAAGAAAUAAUGUAUGUUCUUGUGAAAUUAAAUUUUAUCUUUAUUUCUUCUCUUGAAAAUAUGUAUGCCCUGAAAAUCUUGGAACAGGUAUUACAUUCUUUGUUGAAGGAUGAAACUAUUUGCUUUUAUAAAACACAGUUGAUUACAUGAGUACCAUAAAUUGUGUGCAUAUAAAUGUGUGUAUAAGCUUUCCUUUAAGUACGUUUGAAAAGAUGUUUGAAACUUGAUUAUACUAUUUAUAAUUGGCACAGUACUUUGAAUUAUGCCAGUACUACAUUGUAAAACAGAGUUGUAUUUUUUGAUAUUUAACAAUGCUUAACACUUUAAAAUGCCACUUUUGAGGACUGAACAUGGUGUAACACACUUGAAUAUGUGUGGUGCCAAACUUUUAAAACAUAAAAUAUGCCUAUUAUUUUCUUUAGUUUAAUCUUGGUUGAUCAUGUUUUGAUGUGUGUUUUUUUUCCCCUAAAGUGACACAUUGGCAUGAAUAUUACUGCAGGUUUUUUGAUGAAUAUAAUGAAUGUAUGGAGCUCAAUUGAAUUUGCAUGGUCCUAAGAAAUUUUUCUGUGUGUAUAAAUUUAGCUGCUAUUAACAGAAAAGAUCACUUUCUAUGAGUAGCCAUGGGUGUUGAUCAGAUAUAAUUUUUCUGAGAUCUUCAAUUAUUCUCACUUUAAACAUAACCAAAACAUGUCUUUCUUGAACAAUCUUUGAAUAAAAGUUUGUAUAUUAUUUGUU